AGGAAGAAGCUCAAGUACCAUGAAGGACCUGAGACGGGUCCACAGGAGCUGACGGAGGCUGACAGGGAGCUUCUUCUGAAGCUGGGCAGGAUGGCCUUGGAACAUCUGGACAAAGGAAACAUGGUGUUCUACCAAGAAGACCUGAAGCAGUGUGGUCUGGAUGUGUCUGAGGCCUCGCUGUUCUCUGGAAUCUGUACUCAGAUCUUCAAGAGAGAGUCUGUGAUCUUCCAGAAAAUCGUCUACAGCUUCGUCCAUCUGAGUGUUCAGGAGUUUCUGGCUGCAGUCUUCAUGUUCCACUGUUUCACCAACAGGAGGACAGAUGAGCUGAAGACCUUCGUUGGGGAGGAACAUGAUUUCACAUCUCUCGAUGUUUUCCUGAAGGUCGUCCUUCAGAAAUCCCUCAGCAGUCAGAACGGCCACCUGGACCUGUUUGUCCGCUUCCUUCAUGGCCUCUCUCUGGAAUCCAACCAGAGACUCUUACAAGGUCUGCUGGGUCGGACAGAGAUCAGUCCAGAAACCAUCCAGAGAGUCAUCAAGAACCUGAAGAUCAACAGUGGAGAAAUAUCUCCUGACAGAAGCAUCAACAUCUUCCACUGUCUGAUGGAGAUGAAGGACCUCUCAGUCCAUCAGGACAUCCAAGAGUUCCUGAAGUCAGAGAACAGAUCAGAGAAAGAACUCUCUGAGAUCCACUGCUCAGCUCUGGCCUACAUGCUGCAGAUGUCAGACCAGGUCCUGGAGGAGUUGGACCUGGAGAAGUACAACACAUCAAAGGAGGGACGACGGAGACUGAUCCCAGCUGUGAAGAACUGCAGGAAGGCUGAUCUUUCUCGAUGUGGACUCUCUGAUCCUCACUGUGAAGUGAUCUCCUCAGCUCUGACCUCUGACCCCUCCCAUCUGAAACAUCUGGACCUGAGUCACAACAACCUGAAGGAUUCAUCAGUGGAGAUUCUGAGUGCUGGACUGGAGAGUCCAAACUGCAAACUGGAGACUCUGAGGUUGGAGGACUGUGGUUUGUCAGAGAUCAGCUGUUCUUCUGUGGCCUCAGCUCUGAAGUCCAACCCCUCCCUCCAGAAACAUCUGGAACAUCUGGACCUGAGCUGGAACCGUCUGCAUGAUUCAGCAGUUGAGCAGCUGUGUGGUUUUCUGCAGAGUCCACUCUGCGGUCUGCAGACUCUGAGGUUGAAGAGCUGCAGUUUGUCAGAGAUCAGCUGUUCUUCUCUGGUCUCAGCUCUGAAGUCCAACCCCUCCCUCCUGAAUCAUCUGGACCUGAGCCAGAACCCUCUGCAGGAUUCAGGAGUUGAGCAGCUGUGUGGUUUUCUGCAGAGUCCACGCUGUCGCCUGAAGACCCUGAGGUUGUGGGGCUGCAGUUUGUCAAAGACCAGCUGUUCUUCUCUGGCCUCAGCUCUGAAGUCCAACCCCUCCCACCUGAAGGAUCUCAACCUGAAUUCCAACCAGCUGCAGGAUCCAGAUGUGCAGCAGCUGGUUGAUCUUCAGCAGAGUCCAGACUGCAGCCUGCAGACUCUGAGCUGGAGAUGAGAGCAGAGAGGAGGCCGUGUGUCCUGAAGAUCCUCUCCUCCUCCUCCUCCUCCUCCUCCUCCUCCUCCUCCUCCUCCUCCUCCUCUCCUUGGAUUGUAUCAUCAAUAGAUGUCCAUGGCGUUAUCAGAAUUUGAAAUACUGCCGUUCUGGAAAAUGUUCUUCACUCACAACUUUUCACCUCACUGAAUGUGACUCUAUGGAACAAUACAUACAUCUGACAUGGGAACAAAUCCUAUUUUUUCAAAGACUGCUCUGAGAAGAAUAUUUGACUGGCAAUCAGGGGCAGCUGGUCGACAGAGGGCGCUAGGGCGCCGCCCCCCCUGUCACAUCACAUAGAAUCACACAGCCCUUCCUUUAAUAAAACGUUUUUAAAAGAUGUUUUACAUGUAUACACACUAUGUUUUAAAAGGGCAGACAUGGAUAAUAUAGUCUGACGAGAGGUAAUAAUAUGUAUAAUGUGAAAUAAAAAGUCAGAUAAAAAAAGAAAUGUCCUAAUAUUUUACGUACAUCUGGCCAAGGGGGGCACAGAUCUUUCCCCAUUGACUCUCGUUGUAACUUUGACAUGCGCAGUUCGCUCCUCUUCUGUGCAAGAGAUAGGAGACAUCGGGGCACGCUCUGACGACGCCCGGAUUUCCCCUCUGAUCGCUUUACACACCACCGGCCAUGAGGUGGCAGCAGAGAACAAGUGAUUUGGCAGGCGGGUGAAAACCACUAAGCAAGUGACGUUGAUCGCACGGUGUCGGAGUCAGAAAGGCCAAAAAAGGAGAAAAUGGAGAGAGAAAAUUCAGUGAAGUCGCUGAAAACAACGCCGUUCGAGAGGAGAACACUGCAGGAGAAAUUGAGGGUGAAAGAGCUCGGACCUGAUCGACCGGACGUCUUAAUUAGACAACGGUUUGAAGACAGAGGGAGGAAAUAUACCCGCUCUUUUUCACGGAGCUGGUAUGAGAGGAUUGCUUGGCUGACUGGAUACAGUGAGGCAGGUGCUUUAUUUUGCUUCCCUUGCCUACUUUUCCAAACGAAGGGAACCGAUCAAGCGUGGAUUCAGACAGGUAUGGUGGACUUAAAGCAUUUUUCUGAAAAAGUGAAAAGGCAUGAGCAAGCCAGGAGCCGCAUGGAAAAUGCUAUGCGUCUGGGCAUGUUUGGGAGAGCUAACAUCGCUGCUCAGCUUGAUGAUGGCUACAGGAUCGGGAUCCGCAAACACAAUGAGGAGGUCGACAAAAAUAGGCAUGUCCUGUCUAAAAUAAUAGACUGCAUAAAGUUCUGUGGUGCCUUUGAGCUCGCAUUGAGAGGACACGAUGAGAGCGAAACCUCAGAAAAUCCAAGUGUUUUCAGAGGACUGGUGGAUUUUGUAGCGUCACUAGAUGCAGCUGUCCAUGAGCACCUUCAAACUGCUACUGUGUUUAAAGGGACAUCUAAAACAGUGCAGAAUGAACUCCUUGACUGUAUGCUGACAGUUUUGAGAGACUCCAUCAUUGAGGAAAUUCAGUGUGCAGACUUGGUAUCCAUCCAGGCUGAUGAAACUAUGGACAUCUCCACUCAAUGUCAGCUUGUUCUUGUGGUCCGCCACAUAGACAGAGUGAAUGAUGUGCAGGAGAGAUUUUUUGAGUUCAUACCUCUGCAGUCUGCCACAGCUGACUCCAUUGCCACAGCACUUUUGGAGAGACUGAACAUCAUUGUCCCUGAUGACAAGAAAAGCAAGCUCAUCUCCCAGGCCUAUGAUGGUGCGAGUGUCAUGAGAGGAGCCACAGGUGGUGUGCAGAAGAAGGUGAGCGAUGUGUAUGAGAAUGCACACUAUGUCCACUGCUACGCUCACCAGCUCAACAUCAUCAUGCAGCAGGUGACAUCCCGCAUCCCAAAAGUUGGUCAGUUCUUCUCUGACCUGGCUGGAUUCUCAGGAUUUUUCUCGAGAUCUCCCAAGAGGACCAGUGUGCUUGACAGAGUGGUGGCACACAGGCUUCCAAGAGCAAGCACAGUAAGGUGGAACUUCCACAGCCGUGCUGUGAAUACUGUGUUUGAGCACAAAGAAGACCUUCUUCAGUGCUUUGAAACCAUCAGGGACUCGGGUGACUUCGAUCCCAACACUGUGCGAGAAGCUGGAGGUUUUGUGAGACUCCUGGAGGAUGAUACGUUCUGCUUCUUCCUUGAUCUUUUCCACCGCAUCAUGCCUCAUGUGGACAUGCUCUACAGCCAACUUCAGAAGAGGUCCAUCGACUCUGUCUUUGUCCAUGGAGUGACACAGAAUUUCACAGACAACGUGCAGAGGAUCAGAGACUCCCUCCCUGCUCUCAGUGAGGAACAUCAUGGCUGUGUGCUGCAGCAGCCAGCGGUGAAGAAGCGCCGUGCACUGGGACCAGAUCAACUGCAGAGCAUAGCUACAAAGGUUUGUGACACAAUCCUGGGCCACGCAAAGGAGCGGUUUGCCUUCACCAAACACCUAAUCAGUGCUACACUGCUUCAAGGAGACCGAUUCCAGGAGUAUGCCAGCCAGUUCCCUGAAGCUGCACUCAACAUCACCUUGGAGGCCUAUCCAAUGCUCAACAAGGGCAAGCUGAAAACCGAACUGUCACUCAUCUUCAGCAAUGCAGAGUUCAGGGGUUGUAAUGGUGCUGUGGCUCUGUACCAGCUCUUCAUGAGCAACAAUCUUCAGGACACUUUCUCAGAGACUGUUGCUCUCCUGAAGAUCCUCAUCACAACUCCGAUGACGACAGCUGAAUCUGAAAGGUGCUUCUCAACGCUGAAAAGAAUCAAGACCUUCCUCAGGAACACAAUGUCACAGGAUCGUCUUAAUGCACUGGCCAUGCUCUCUGUGGAAAAGAAACUUGUCAGGGAGAUCCCAGAUUUUAACCAUAGAGUCAUUGAGAAAUUUGCAUGUCUCAAGGAUAGACGGGCAAAACUUACAUACAAAAAAUAAAAGUAGAAGUGAUGGAAAGCACCUUGCAAGCUAUGUACGAUCUUUGCUGGUUUUGAUCUCUUACAUGUGAGGUUUUACUAGUUUUUUUCUUUGUUAUUUAAUAUUGUAAAUAGACAUGCCAGUUGACAGAAGUGGCACUAUUCCUGCUGUUUUUUUAUAUAUUCUCCUAGUUUUAUCCUCUUCUUAGGAUUUCUCUGUGUUAAUUGUCAUUGUAAAUAGUUAAUGGUAACUCACAGAAGCACUUUGGACUUUAAGCCUGAUGCUUUAAUUGUUUCGUUGUGACAAAAUGUCCAAUGUUUCUUGGGUAAAUUUGUAUGGGUUUACUUUUUGGUUUUUUGAGUAUGAAAAUAUAAAUAUGUCCUUCCAAACAAUAAGCUGGACAGAAGAAGCACCUGACUCUCUUGGAAGUUGUGAAAAUGAUUCGUUUUUUUACUUUUUUAAUUUUGAAGUGAAAAAAUGUAUUUGCAUAUUUGUACAUUCUGGAUUUGUUUAAUGAAAAGGGUUUGUGUGUCGCAAUUAUACCUUAGCUGAGCUGGAUCAAAACAUCAAACACUAAGGAGAUAAAUUCAAAUUUACUAACUGGUAACAUUUACCUUCAUUUGAUUGUCUAUUUGACUCAGCAGUAGUAUUUAGAUGUAUCCUUGUUGUGAUACAUAGCAAUACCACAAAUAGUCGUGUACAUAUUAUACAUUAUUCUUACGAGGGUGGACCCAAAAGAAUCCGGAAUUUGACUAACUUUUUAUUUCUGACAUUUCAAAAUAAAACAUCACUGUCGCCUUCAAAAUAGUCUCCAUCCGCAUUAAUGCAGCGC